ACCUCAACAAAUUUAUUGCAAAUGGUAAAUUUCACGAUGGAUUCAAUGAUCGAAAAAUGUCAAACGGAUGUGUUGUACACCGAUUUCGAGAAGGCCUUCGAUCGGGUCAACCACAAAAGAAUGCUACAGAAACUGGUGAAAUUUGGAUUCGGCCGACGACUAGUCAAAUGGUUCCAUGGAUAUUUGACAGCCCGUACACAGUUUGUUGGAAUCGGCGAAAGAAAGUCACGUACUUUCACUGUCUCAUCAGGAGUACCUGCGGGAAAUGACUUGAAAUUGAUUCGAAAAAUACAAUCGCCCAGUGAUGCCAUUACUUUCCAAAAUUCCAUUGAUCAGUUGAAUGAUUGGUGCACUGAAAACAGCCUAUAUCUGAAUCUGAAGAAAUGCUUUGUAAUGACGUAUUCAAAAGGUGGAAACGCAAUCGACUACGUAUAUACGAUCAACAACGGCCAUCACACGUUUGAACGAAUGAAUUUACACAAGGAUCUCGGCGUUAUUUUCGACAAAAAACUAACGUUUGUCAAUCACAUCGAUGCGAUUACAGCUAGUGCACAUGCGGCUAUGGGAUUCAUAAAACGGACACUGAAAAAUAAGUUCACGAUCGAAACGGCGAAAAUAUUAUAUUGUGGACUUGUCAGAUCAAAAUUAGAAUACGCGAGUAUUGUAUGGCAGCCAUACCACCGUAUACACUCAGAUAGAAUAGAAUCAAUUCAGAAAGACUUUGUGAUAUGGACAUUAAGUUUUGUUUACCAAAGAGACGAGAAUUUUGUAUUGCCACCGUAUUAUUUUAGAUGUGAUACUUUAAAUAUUCAACCGCUUUGGAGACGGCGUAUAAAUGCCUCUAUAUUUUUAAUUUAUGAUCUCUUAUUAGGUAAAAUAGUGUCGCGUUCACUUAGAGAUAAGAUUGUUUACACAAGACUUCAUUAUGACGUGAACCAAAGAAACUUAAGAAAUACAGAACUAAUUAGAAUACGAAGGUUCACAUCGGAGUAUGCACAUAAUCAGCCGUUUUACGUAGCUUGUAGGAAUUUUAAUUUGGUAAGAGAACAAUUUAUGCAAUCAGCAUCGAGAGAAAUUUUUAGAAAUAAUAUUGUUAAAUUGGAAAAUGUGACAUUUAUUGAACGGUGAAAAAUGUGAGAACAGAAGUAGAAAGUAAAACAAUGAACACAAUCGAUGUCAGCCACUCCGAAGUCGAUAAGGCUGGUGACUGGAUGUUCGAUCGGGUAGUGUGUCAUUGUAAACGAUAUUGUACAAAAAUGUGUUAUAAAUUCAGUCUGUGAUCAGAUGGUGAAUAAAUAAAUAAAUAAAUAAAUAAUGUAUUUAUUCCUGAA